AAGAACAGAUCUCGGGGAUGGGUUUUACCGAUGGAAUCAAGAUGGCGACUUUGGCGAAAGCGCCAAUAUAUCUACUGAAGUAAAUGUCCAAAACUAACAGAGAUAGUGGGCUUUCCCUUGUCCGUUGGGGGUUCGGUGAAACACGAAGACUGGGGGCAUGUCUUUGAAACGGAAUUGAGCGGUAAUUUUACCGUAGCGAACCCAGCGAGAUGUGCGAGAACUAUGCCCGCUCGCUGCUGCGUGUUUCGGUGGCGCAGAUCUGCCAGGCUCUGGGCUGGGAUGCGGUGCAGCUCACUGCCUGCGAUCUGCUGUCCGAUGUGCUGCACAGGUAUAUCCAGCAGCUGGCAAGGGUUUGCCAUCGCUACUCUGAGCUUUAUGGAAGAACAGAUCCAGUUCUGGACGAUCUCAGCCAGGCCUUCAGAUUGAUGGGGGUUAAUCUGAGCGAACUGGAGGACUACGUCAGCAACCUGGAGCCCGUGCCAUUCACCCAUCAGACACCUCUCUUUCCUGUUAACAAAAACAACGUCCUGCAGUUUCCUCAGGCUGGAGUCAGAGAUGCAGAGGAGAGAAAGGACUAUAUCCCAGAGUACAUGCCGCCUCUGGUCUCCUUACAAGAAGCAGAAGAAGAGGAGGAAGAGGUCCUUCCUGACAUGGGCACCUCGGCCGAGGCCAUGCAGGUGGCCCUGGAAGAGGACGAGGAGGAAAUAGACGAAGACGAGAUGGUCAAUGACGAAAACCACCCGUUGAAGAGGCACCUAGACAGUCCUGAUGCGGACCUCGGCAUGAUGCCCACCUCCAAGAGGCCACGCAUGUACCCUGGUCUCAGCCCAGAAUGGGGGGUUGAACCCAGGGAGCCUCUCACCUCUCUCAACCCACAGCGAGUCCCCCCAGGCAUCCUGCCGUCCCAUGACAGCCUUGACCCCCUGUCGCCUGAAACACCAUCUGGAGUCCUGCCUCCCUUCAGGCCUCAGCCGGUCAUACCAAAACACUCGGAUCAGAAGGCACUCGCCACUCCGGUUAGAAAGCCGAAAGUCUCGUCCCCUGGCAGGCAACGGACUAAGUCCCCAAAAGGGGUGAUUCCUGUUCCAGUAGCAGGCAGUCCCAUACAUUCUCCGAAACCAUCUAAGGAGCGGAAAAAGUCCCCGGGCAGGACCAAGAGUCCGAAAAGCCCGAAGAUGAGUUCACUUAAAGCACCUCCCCCUCAGAUUAAAGUGGAAGGUCUGCACAAGCUGCCGCUGUCUGCUGUGAGCGAGAGGAUGGGGAAGGAGAACAUUCACCUGCUUCCAGGUCUGGAGGAUCUGCAGAUCCCUGAAGGAUCGUUCAAGAAACUGGAGCCUGAUAACACAGCCAUCGAUGACUCCAUCACCGCUGUGAUAGCUAGAGCGUGCGCCGAGCGUGAACCCGAUCCCUUCGCCUUCUCCUCUGGCUCUGACUCUGACAGCAACGGCUUCUCCAGCCCCAGGAGGCUGACCAUCAUGGAGCCGUCCACCCCUAAAGUCUCCAUCGGGGUUGGGAAUUUUAUAAAGGACACUUCAACGCCGCUUUACCCCCACGCCCCACACAUAGGUCUUGGAAACUGGACUCUGGACGAUUCAAUCAAUGAGGUGAUCCGCAAAGCCAACCAGGGCGGUCCUUCAGCCCUUCCUCCUCCUCUUCCUCCUCCCAACCCAGCUGACUACGUGUCGUCGGGAUCGGCCUCGCCGCCCACCCCCGAGCCGCUGCUCAAGGCGUUUGAGGAGAGGAACAAGAUUGUUCCACCAGCUGACGUGAAGAAGAAGCUGAAGAAGGAGCUCAAAACCAAGAUGAAGAAGAAGGAGAAAGACAAGCCAAAGGACAAAGAUCGGGAAAAGGAUAAGAGCAAGCUCAAGGAGAAGAACAAGGAGAAAAACAGGGAGAAAAACAAGGAGUUCUCCAAGGACAUCAAGAUGCCUUGGAAGGAGUUUGGAAUGAAGGAUGAAGACUUCUUCAUGCCGCGAGACUUUACUCUGCCGGAGGGCUCCAUCAAAAUAAAAUCAAGAGACGGAGAAGGUCCCAAAAAGGAGAAGGAGAAACACAAAGACAAGAAGAAGGAUAAAGAGAAAAGCAAGAAGGACAAAGACAAAAAGGAGAAGAAUAAAGACAGGAGCAAGGAGGAGAAGCAGAAACAGUCUGCAUUAUCAACCUUUUCUCUCGUUGACAUCCCGCCGCUCUUCAGCCCCUCAACCUGCCUGCGGGUGCCUUCCAUGCUGCCUUCAUUGGCUCCCAUCCUCCAUGAGAAGGAAGUGAAGAGCAAGGAGAAGGAGAAGAAAAAAGACAAGAAGGAGAAAAAGAAAAAGAAAGAUAAAGACAAGGAGCGGGAAAAGGCCAAAGAGAAGGAGAGGGAGAAGGAGGAGAAAAGGAAGGAAAAGGAGAGAGAAAAGGAGAAACGGGAGAAGGAGAAAGAAAAAGAGAAGGAGAAAAUUCGACUGGAGAAGGUGAAGAUGGAGACUCCAGCGGUCUUACCGUCUCCAGUCAUUCCUAGGCUGACCCUCAGGGUGGGAGCAGGUCAGGACAAAAUUGUUAUCAGCAAGGUGGUUUCAAAUUCAGUGCCCAAGGCUCCGGGAACCAAGACUCCUGCUGCCAAGUCGGCUCCUGGGAACCGUCCUCGGACGCCGCCUCCACCUCCAAUCCUCCUCCCAGUGGUUCCGACUCUGCCACCCGCCUCCCCGCUGCCGCCCACUCCUCCCCCAGCGUCGUCUCUGCUCCCUCCGCCUAUGAUGCCCCCUGCCGCGUCCAUCAAGACACCGGUCCGCAGCGUAGUAACUGAGACCGUCAGUACCUAUGUUGUCCGGGAUGAGUGGGGAAACCAGAUCUGGAUUUGUCCUGGAUGUAACAAACCGGAUGAUGGCAGUCCGAUGAUUGGAUGUGAUGAUUGUGACGACUGGUAUCACUGGCCUUGUGUCGGGAUCCUUACGCCGCCCCCGGAGGACCAGCCGUGGUUCUGUGUAAAAUGUUCCAGCAAGAAGAAGGACAAAAAACACAAGAAGAAGAAACACAAACCCCACUGAGACUAUGCAAAAAAUAAACAAACUGUCAUAUUUUGGACUUUCUCAAUUAGAGCCAUUAUUGAUCGCUGGUGGCACUGCUGUAAAAAAUAGAAGAGAGAGUAAGAGUUUGUGGUGACGUUACCUUCUGGGUAUACCUCAGCCACUAUGCCAGCACAUACUCAGCCUUAGCCCUGUGGGGGCUUUUUUCCCUUUAUCACCUGCAAAAUGUUUGCUUGUUAUUUUGUUUCCCCGACUCUUUGGCCACCCUGGCAGAUAUGUCCGUGAAGACCACAUCAACCUUUUAGAAGAUCAGAGCUAAACGUUGGAGAAAAGAGAUCAGCCGACCGUGUUUCUGGUUGCUCUCCGUUUCUGCAAGAAGACUGGCCUCGUCGGACCUUUCUGCAGGUUCUUGCAGUACCAUUGAAAUGUCAUGUAUAUAAAGAUGAUUGCAUCAGGCAUGUAUAAAUAUGUAAAUACCA